AUCCGAGUGGACGUUGUAGUGGACGCACACCGAUACUGCAGAUCUCUGUUCCUUGCAAAUCUCAAAUAUGAGAGGAUCACAAACUUGGUCGUGGUUCUACUCGGCCGCUGGCACGCCCGACAAAGCCAGCAACGAAAUACCACUUGUCGAAGCCUAGGUCAUUCUCAUAACGCACGAUCCCCCAACUCCAAGCUAGCUCCUAGCCAUGCACCUCGUCUCUCUAGGCUCAUCAUUCGCUGCCGGUCCAGGCCUCGCUCCGAUAACGAACACCUCUGCCAAACGAUCCUCGAUCAACUAUCCCUCUCUCCUGGCCAAGAGCCUGGGUGCGCGUCAUACGGACCUUUCGGUAUCUGGGGCUACCUUGCUCAACCUGUCGAGUACCCGGCAAAAAGUCUUUCUAGGGGAAGAGUUUCUACCGCAGGUAGAGGGGGUUCCGGAGGAUGCCGAUGUGGUGACUAUCACGGGUGGGGGGAACGAUCUCGGGUACAUAGGGAAGGUGAUGAUGGCCAACGCAUCGUCUAUCACCAAACUGCUUGGUCCCGUCAUCGCUUGGGCCAUGGGGCAUGAUCUCUCUGCACCGCCCCCAGAUGAAGCGGAGAUGGUCAGGCGGUUCCAAGCGGUGUACGACGAGAUCCACGCUCGAGCCCCUCAAGCACAGAUCUUACUGGUCGGGUAUCCAGCCCUGUUCGGAGGGCUCGCAGAUGAGACCAAUACGCCGUACACUUCCUCCCAGAUCGAAUCUUUCAGAGGGAUCGCGGCGGUACUGGAGAAGGCUUCGGUGGAGUCGGUACGAGACAGACCGCGAGUACAUUACGUCUCCCUGGCAAAGGUCAGCGAAACGCAUGGGAUGGAAUCGGACGACCCUUGGGUUAGCGGGCCCGAGUUCUCGUUGUUUGGAGGAGGACCUGCUCCGCUCCAUCCGACGGCCAGGGGCAUGCAGGAGAUCGCUAGGCACGUCGAGGAGAAGAUGAAGCAGCUCGGGAUCGUAUGAUCGCCUACGCCGGGUCGCAGACAUGUAUGAGCCAAGCUUCUCAGCUUGGAAGUCGAGGUGAAGAUGGAUGCGUAGGCCCGUUGCACGUGCAGGGCAUAGUAGCGAUGUUAGAGGUGAUCGAGAAGCCCUAUGUCGACUUGUUGACGAGGCAGAUGAAGGAAAAGACAGUCAUA